UGCAAAUUCAUCGAUCGCGCAUGCAGCAUACUGCAAUAGUGACUUCAGCUCGCUAAAGAUCGCCAUAUUGGACCGGAGACCAUUCCUCGCCGCACAAAUGAGUCGAAUUUUAUAGCGAUCGCAAUCCAUUGCCAUCCUCCAUUUGUCGAAGAAAUCGGCAAAAUGGAUGUACAAUAUUCCGUUAAAGUAGAUAACAGGUUUUUCCUGGACAUGGAUAUGGUGGGAGAUCCAUUAGAAAUUCUCCCAUCGGAAAAGAAAACACAGAAGAAGGACAAGAAGAAGAAGAGCGAGGCAAAAAAGAAAGCCGAAGGGGAAAAGAAAGAACCUGAGCCCGAACUGAAACCUAAAAAAGAAGAAAUAAAGCAGGAACCACCAACAGACACAAGGAGGCAAGGAGGUCGUGGUGGAAGCCGAGGUGGCGGUAGCCGCCCUGCUGGCGAGAACAGGCGAAACCGAGGCGAGAGACGAGAUGAGACCAGUGAAAACCAAGAGAACCAAGCACCUACUGAGUUCAAGGGUGAAAGGUCGGAGAGGCCCUACCGAAGUGCAGAGCAAGGUGACAGACCGCCGAGGGGAGAACGGGGACGUGGCCGGGGUAGAGGCGGUAGAGGUCGUGGCUUCAGCGCUGGGCGUGACUACCGUGGGAAGAGAGAGUUUGAUCGUCACAGCGGCAACGACAAGAGCAGCUCCUUUAAACCCCAAGACAAACGUGAAGGCGGCGGCUCUCACAACUGGGGCACCUCUAAGGACGACAUGAAGGACCUGAACACAUCCAACGUGACCGACGACGGCGAACCACAAGAAUUCUCAGCACAACCCAUGGACACUGAUGCACAACCGAAAGACCCAGAGGCCGGCGAAGCGAAAGAAGGCGAAGCAGACAUCGACGAGGAAGCCCUGAAGGAAGAGGAAGAAGCCAAGGAGCUGACGCUGGACGAGUACAAACAGCAACUCUCCAAGGAACGAGCCCAGACCCAGUUUAAGAUCCGUCGUCCCGGAGAAGGGGAGGACACCAGCCAGUGGGGUGCGAUGCACGCCCUCAAGAAGCAGGAGAAGAAGGUGGAGGAAGAAAAGCAUUUGGUUCCAGAACACCCUCACAAGGAUCGCCCAACAAAGACCCAGGUAGUGGACAUCAACAUCAGCUUCAACGAGUCUGAGCGCCAAUCUGGAGGCGCACCAGGCGGUCGAGGAGGAAGGGGCGGCCGUGGUGGACGCGGUGGCCGUGGUGGACGCGGUGGUCGUGAAGGUGGCCGGGAUGGCUUCCGUGAAGGCAGCCGUGAUAUCCGUGAGGGUAGCCGUGAUAUUCGUGAGGGCGGCCGUGAUAAUCGCGACAGCCGUGAUAGUCGCGACAUUCGUGAGAGCCGCGACAACCGCGAAGGUCGCGACAAUCGCGAAGGCCGUGAGGAUCGCCGCAGUGGUGAGAAUGACCGUGGUGGAUUCGCCCCACGUGGAAGAGGUGGCUUUGGCCGUGGAGGCGGUGGUAGAGGGCGUGGUGGCCGUGGAGGGCGUGGUGGCGGCGGUGGGCGUGGCCCCAGCAGUCAGGCACCUCUGGUAACCAGUGAGGAAGAGUUUCCUUCCCUGGGCUCCAAGUAAGCCACGCAGCCUUCUCAAGGAGCUGCUCGUAAGCACAAGAUGCUUCACCCUCCACUUAAAAAAAAAAAUGUACCUGCGUGUACAUGAUAAGCCAAUGGCUUGAACUGGAUGACAUUAUUACGUGAUGACGGACGCAAUCAAUGUCUGGAGUUCCGUGUUCUCACAUCCUACAUAGUUCCUUAGCACCCAAUGGAGAUGAUAUUACCAAGUGCCCAUGCUUUGUCACUUGUUCCGCAAACACUUAUGGAGAAGAAAAAAAACACAGCAAAUCCACCUGAGUUGCAGUCUGUAUAAUCGAGACGAUUGCAAGAUUUGAAACUUAAUUUUGUAUGCUUUUUUUCCCCCAGUGCUUAAAAAAAAAUACAUCUUGGUUAUGUUGACCAAGUACUCUAACAAUGCCGACAAAUUGUAACGUUCCUUACAGGUAAAAAAAGAUAAAAAUAAACUAAAAUUUAUAAUAAUAAUAAGCCUGAAAAUAUAGUACUUUUUGAUUCGAUUGAAAAUUCUGAAUCAUCUUUAUCUUCCAUGUUUGUUUUUUGUGUGAAUACCUGUUAUAGAGAUGUCGUCCUUUGGGCCACUCAUAAAUUUCUAUUCUGAAGAGAUCAACGGACAGAUUUUUUGAUAUUUUCUUAUGCUUUAUUAUAAGAGUAUUCUGGUAACUUUAGACGGUAGUUUCUGUUUAUUUUGUAUAAUUUAAUUGUGGCCCAAAGGUGCAUUAUUAUAUUUACGCGAAAAGACCCGAAUCUAUGAUUGUAAUUUUGUUGAAAAAAAAAAGUUAAUAAUCUACCGAAAGUUAUUAUGAUAGUGGUUUUAACAUGGUUCAGGUUGUUAUUGAGACUGAUGGUUGAAUCUGGGAAGUAUGACUUGCCCCAGAUUUAAAUUUAUCAUUUUCUGCUUCCAACUUUAAAAAUAGAAAAAUUU